CCCACAACACAAUGCAGACAACUGUUCAAGUAACUGCCAUCUUCACACAUGCUCUCCUUCUGUCUCUACGUUUUCUCUAUAAAUUCAAAUCCAGCCUAAUGUUUUUCUUCAGUAAGUUCUGUUUUCACUUCUCCUUUUUGCUUUGGUUUAAAAAAUGGGUGUCAAUUCUCAUAGAGUAGAAGACUUCUCUUGCCAUGAAACCUCUCUCAGAAUCACCACUGAAGCAGUAAUGCCGCCCAUGGAGAUACACAGUGUCUGCCUGCCACCCCAACAAACCACCCUCCAGAAACUGAAACUAAGACUUGGUGAGAUCUUCUUCCCUGAUGAUCCUCUCUACAGAUUCAAGAAUCAAACUUUGCGCAAGAAACUUCUUCUGGGUCUUCAAUUCUUGUUCCCUAUCUUCCAAUGGGGUCCUCAGUAUAGUUUAAGGCUCUUCAGGUCUGAUAUCAUCUCUGGUCUCACCAUUGCCAGCCUUGCCAUCCCACAGGGAAUCAGUUAUGCAAAACUCGCAAACUUGCCACCUAUAGUUGGGCUAUAUUCAAGCUUUGUGCCCCCAUUGAUAUACUCUAUCCUUGGAAGUUCAAGACACCUUGGUGUUGGUCCAGUCUCUAUAGCAUCAUUGGUGAUGGGUUCCAUGCUAAGUGAGGCAGUUUCGCCUACUGAAGACCAAAUUCUUUAUCUAAAAUUGGCCUUCACUGCUACCUUCUUUGCUGGUGUGUUUCAGGCUUCUCUAGGUCUUCUAAGGUUAGGUUUUGUUAUUGACUUUCUAUCAAAGGCAACUCUUGUUGGGUUUAUGGCUGGGGCAGCCAUUAUUGUUUCACUGCAACAGCUGAAAGGGUUGCUUGGAAUUGUUCACUUCACUAGCAAGAUGCAGUUUGUUCCUGUGAUGUCCUCUGUUUUCAACAACAGGGACGAGUGGUCCUGGCAAACCAUUGUUAUUGGCUUCAGUUUCCUAGUAUUUCUAUUGACAACAAGGCAUAUUAGCAUGAAGAAUCCAAAACUUUUCUGGGUUUCAGCAGCAGCACCAUUAACAUCAGUGAUCAUCUCCACCCUUUUAGUUUUCUGCCUUAAAUCAAAGAUUCAUCAAGUCUCAAUUAUUGGUCAUUUGCCUAAAGGCUUGAAUCCACCCUCAGCAAAUAUGCUAUAUUUUAAUGGUUCCUAUCUAGAAGUUGCCAUCAAAACUGGCAUUGUAACUGGAAUCCUAUCUCUCACAGAAGGAAUUGCUGUGGGAAGAACAUUUGCUGCACUAAAGAACUACCAAGUAGAUGGUAACAAAGAAAUGAUGGCUAUUGGUUUCAUGAACAUUGCUGGUUCUUGUUCUUCAUGCUAUGUUACAACAGGAUCAUUUUCUCGAUCUGCUGUCAACUACAAUGCUGGAGCACAGACUGCAGUCUCAAACAUAGUAAUGGCUUCAGCCGUGCUUGUGACUCUGCUGUUUCUCAUGCCUCUCUUUUACUACACCCCCAAUGUAAUCUUGGCAGCCAUCAUCAUAACAGCUGUGAUCGGACUAAUUGAUUACCAGGCUGCAUAUCAAUUGUGGAAAGUCGACAAGCUUGAUUUCUUGGCUUGUUUAUCCUCCUUCUUUGGGGUCCUCUUCAUUUCAGUGCCUUUGGGUCUUGCCAUAGCGGUCGGUGUUUCAGUAUUCAAAAUUCUACUCCAUGUUACCAGGCCAAACACCGUAGUUAUGGGAAACAUACCAGGAACUCAUAUAUACCAGAGCCUCAGCAGAUACAGAGAAGCUCUAAGAGUUCCUUCAUUCCUAAUACUGGCUGUCGAAUCCCCAAUCUACUUCGCAAACUCUACUUACCUCCAAGAAAGGAUACUAAGAUGGGUUCGCGAGGAAGAAGAGAUGAUAAAAGCAAAUAAUGGAAAUGCACUUAAAUGCAUAAUCUUAGACAUGACAGCUGUUACAGCUAUAGACACGAGCGGUAUCGAGUUAGUAUGUGAACUCAGGAAGAUAAUGGAGAAAAGAUCUCUUCAGCUUGUGCUGGCAAAUCCUGUUGGAAGUGUAAUGGAAAAGCUGCACCAAUCUAAAGUAUUAGAGUCAUUUGGAUUAAAUGGACUUUAUCUUACAGUCGGAGAAGCCAUAGCUGAUAUUUCGGCCGUGUGGAAGUCUCAGCCAUGAGUUUUUUCAGAGAAUAGGACAGUGGACAGAUGUGAAAAAUUACUCUCAGAAUAUGGCAGGAUAGAUAGGGAGAGCUCUCUAGUCAAUAGAGGACUUUCUCUUUAACUGUUUGAGGAAGCAAGGCAAUGGAAAAUGUUGCCUGCCUUUUUUUUUUGGAAAAGAAAAUGAGAAUAGAUGAAAAAUAUGCACUUUUGAGAAAAUGAUUUUGAAGUUCUUAACUAGCUUAAAAAAACACAUAAAUUAAAUUUUUAUUGAGUCGAUUAUCGAAUAACUUACAAACAGUUUAAUUCAUUUACUAUUCGAAUUACACAAUAUAUCUGCAUCAAACCUCUCAUACUCUUACAUCACUCAAAAGUGACUUGAGUUUGAAUCUGUUUAUUGCCAAAUUUUCAUAUUUGGUAUUUCUAAGUUGUGAUGCUAUGAGCCAUAAACUCUGGGGUACUUGUGAAGUUGUGCUAUUCCUCCUCCUCAUUAACUGCGUAUGUGUGUAUAUAUUUGCUCAUGUAGGAUUGUUUUAUAAUACAUGCAUUAUCUAUUUCUAGAUAUAUUUUCUCUUACAGGCGGCAUUUUGAUUCUUACAAUUUGUGCAACAAAAGAGUAUUCAUUGCAUAUGCCCUGCACAGUGCAUAAUUUUAAUGACCGAAGCAUCUUAUAUACUGCUAACCCAGUUUAUCAUUUUAAAAAAAAAAAAAUUUAUUGUACUCCCUAUUUACCUUUAGUGACUUAUAAAAUACUAUAUAGUCCAUAAACACUCCAAAUCCAUAUCAAUUGCUCACUUAUUGAAUACUCCUUAUUCUCCAUACUCAGACCCGAUUCUUUCAUACACACCAACAUAUAUUGAUCUCAAAUUUCCUUUCAUAGACACCACAUAUAUUGAUCUCAAUUUUUUUUCUUUUUUGUGGAUCUUACUGUUAUCAACAUUUACUUGUAGAGUGUGCACAAAGAUGGAAUAGUUGAGCUUACAAGAUGCUAUAGGAAAAAUGCAAACUUCAAAGGUGAAGCUAUCUGAAUUAUCAUUUUCGACUGUCCCUUUAACACGGAUUAAAGAACCAAGUACUGCUCAAAGUGAUUGUGUUGGGUCUUCAAUUUUCUUGUAUCUUGCAAAUGCAAUUACCCGUUGAAAUCUUUAAUGCGGGAACAUGAUGUUCUCAGGGGUUCCACAGAAUAAAUCUAAAUUUCCGCUUUUUAUGGGCAAAACCAUUGUUUUCCAAGAAUAAAUUGCAAGCAAGAGAUUUGAUACAUAUACUUUCAUUUCCAGACUUCCAAAAUUAAUCACUCUAGUUUAUCUUUUUUUUUUAAUUGUACUUGCACGCUCUUUAAAAAGCUUAAACAUAUCGUUUAUGAAAUAUAAAGAUUAAAAUGAUUAAUUUUGAAACAAUGAGGCAUUUGUUAGGGGAAACCUAAGAGACUUUCGUUAAUUUAUUAACUAUAAUUUCUGCUUCUUGCUUACCAUGUUGAAUAGCUGAAAAACAAACCAAUUAUAAAGAUCGAUCAAAUCAAUGUUAGUUUACCAGCUUCAAAAGAAGUUAAGGACACGAGGAUAUUUCCCAAGUUCAUGGAAACUCAUCCAAAUUCAUAUUAAAGUAAGGAGGCACUAAACCAGAAAAUAAUAUCAGAAUAACAACAAGCAUCUUCACCAGAAACCUGGCAAUUGUACACUGAAAGUUUCCUGACACAACGCAUACCUAUUCUCAAAUGCUCCAUCGCCCCAUCAUUAUGAACCAUCUCCAUUUUCUGUGGCCAUUCCGUAUCAUUCUGUUCAGCACAGCCAAUAGAAUUUGUAGACUAAAACUAUUCAUCCCAUCACAGUUUGAAUUUCAUAUUUCAUAAGCUUCAUCCAGGAGGUCCUUCAAACCUUUCCACAAGCAAAAGGUACAUGCCCGAACAAAGUUUGUUCUUCCCUAUCUUGUUUCCUUAUCAAUCAAACAUCUGCAUGGAAAUAUUCUAUGAUUAGAAACAUCGUUCCUUUUAUAAAAGAAACUGAAACUCAUAAAAUUGACCAUUGGCCUAGUAGUUCAUUGUCCACCCCUCAAGCCUAAGUGCUCCAGAGAAUUAAGAUUCUAUUAUCAAACGCUUUCAAAUGGUUUGUCAUCCUAGUAGCUUUUAAUAAAAUGGCUUGAGUGAGGGAAGACAAUCCCACAACAUGUAUCCCAAAGCCCAAUGAGCCCUCCCAAUAAACAAAUU